GGGAAGAUAAUGGUCGACCAAAUAAGAAGUUUUGAUAAAGAAAAGAGAUUAAUUAAAAAAAUAGGAGAAUUACCUAAGGAAGUGCUAGAAAAAGCCGAGCAAAUAUUAAGUAAAUUGGAUAUUUGGCCUUUAAGUAAAAAUUAUGAUUUAAUCAUCAUCGAUGGCCCCGCGCGCACUAGCCAAAGCACCCUCCAAAUUGCCCGCCAGGCUGAUCUGAUAAUUCAACCCACCGGAGCCAGUCGCGCCGAUCUACAGCCCGCCGUCAAAGAAUUUCAUGCUCUAAAAGCCGCCGGUAUAAAUCCUAAAAAAUUAUUAUUUGUCAUAAACCGGGUAGCCUCGCUGGCCGAAGAAAAGGCAGCACAAAAUUAUUUAAGCCAGACCGGCUACCAGGUAGUCAGUCUCCCACUUUAUGAAAAGUCUUCUUAUCGAGAGGCUCAAAACCGAGGUCAAAGCAUUGCUAAUGUCCGCUAUAAAAAUUUGAGUCAUCAGCGGGUCGGAUUGUUGGCUAUGAUAAAUUUUGUCCACGCCUGCGGUUUUCAUUUACGUGAUGAUAAAAAUAACGAAAUUUUAUUAAAGCAGUGGGAAAAAUUAUUAUUAGAAAUUGCCACCGCUCAAAGCGAAGCGUUAGCGGUUGAAUUAGUUAAGGCUCAUUUAUUAUUAGAAAUCAUAGGUUCAUAA